AUGCGGUCCUUUAUCAAAUCUCACAAGAAGUCUACCUCGUUUGACGAUAGUCCUAAACGACAUAGCAACUUCAGCACUAAUACUAAUAAUAGCCCUCAAAGGUCGAGCAAUGAUUCAUUGGAGUUUCUACCAUCCACGCCAUCACAAAUGAACUAUGAUAAUAUUCCCACAACAGCAAAACACUCCCCGGGUUUCGAGUCCUUCCACCGUUUGGCGAACAAAACCUCGAAGUUGUUCAAAAAAACAUCAAACUCAAAUUUGAACUCUUAUCUAGCUUCCAAUCCAGCUCCCAAUUCAAAUGCACCCACUUCAAACUCAUUCAUAGUUCAGAAUCCACCUUCUAAACAGGCUGCACCACCGCCACCGCUGCCACUUCCACUCUUACCUGCCUCGUCCACUUCUUCUUCUUCCCAAUACGACAAUGACGUUGAAUCUGCUGGGUUAAGAAAUUCUUCCCCCACCAACGGUCUCAAUAAGGCCACGGACUCUUUGCCCGCCAUUAAGGGAACCAUUACACAUUCGUGGGGGGUCUCCUCCAAGAUUGAACCGCAUGUUAUUAUACUGAACGACCCUGCUUCCCCCGCAUCGAAUACAUCUGACGCGACCUCCACGAAGCAAUUUAGACAUUCAUUGCUCGUGAAUGAAGCAUCGUCUUCUUCGUCUUCUAACUUAGAACCUGCUAUAAGGAUAUUGAAUAAAUGCAAGACCAGUGAUAGUGGUAAUAAUGGGGAAGAUAAUGAUGAGGAUGAAUUUGAUGACGAGUUCCCAAAGAAGGAAAAGCAUAUCUACAAAGCGCUAGCGUUGGCUAAAAACCGAAACAGACAAGCAAGAAUCCAUUCACAUGACGAUAUAAUAAAUCUGGGGAAGACAUCACAAAUGGAUAUGAGUUUACUAGCUGCUGCGUUUUCCGGAAACUCUACUAAUAAUGACCAGUCUUCUAAUGAGCAGAACGACGAGAAAAUUUUGGACAUAGAGAGAGUUGCUACCACGUCCACUUUGACUUCAUCUGAAAACUCUUCACUAAUAAAUAAAUCUCCCGAAUUUUAUAAUCAACCGCUCCCCAUUUCCCCCAAGAUACGACAUGGUGAUUUAUUAUCACCGCAUUUAGACGUCAAUAACAAUAAACAUCAAAUCGAAAUGUCACACAAGAAAAAGGUAAGAAUCAACUUGGACAAGAAAGAAAGAAAGAACAUUUAUUUUUUCAGGAAUAAUUCUGACGAAUACACUAACAAUGAAAAUGUAACCUCAGAAAUGUACGAAAUCCAUGACCUUAAUGAAGAAUCGCCUGGCGAAGAAGCGGGAGAAGAAGACGACGACGAUGAUGAUGAUGACGAUGACAACGAAUCAGAAUUUUCUUUUGAAUAUGCAGGAAUAAACGUAAGGACAUCGUCAGUCAAAUAUUACUCCAAACCAGAACCAACGGCCAACGUAUACAUUGACGAUCUUUAUGAAGACGAGAUUUUUGAUGACGAUAUGAAUUGCAUAGAGGAUGGCGAAAGCGAGAUGGAGGAGAAUGAAAUGGGCCAUUUAUCACCCGGGUUUGAAGAAACAGCCCUAAACAACAACAAAGUUAAAAAAUAUAAUGACCUUUUUGAAUUGACCGAUGACGAUGACGAUGACGAUGACGAUGACGAUACCGAUGACGAUGACAAUGAUGGUGGCGAUGAUGGUGGUGAUGACAAUGAUGAUGAUUGCGACCAAGAAGAACUUGGAAGUAGAAAGGAAAGCAAUGGCAAUGAGUAUGGUGAUUACUUUGUAGAAGGUGUAGCUGAUGACAAAGAAUCCUUUGAUGAAUUGACCAUAUUGCCGAGAACUGAAAUUGUCAAAAAACCCAUUCAGAAAUAUAGUGAUCUCUUUGACUUGUCUGAUGAAGACGAGGAGGAGGUGGCUGGAUCUGAUUUAGAGUCCAAAAGUUUUUCUGAUGAAGCUCCCAGUAUAGACAGUGAUAAUACUGCAUUGCAUGGGAAGCCAACAUCGACAAUCUACAGCCAAUCUAAUAAAAAUAUAAUGACACCUGGGAUAACAUCAAAGAAUAACCUGGGAUCAAAAGGUACUUCAAGCGACCGUAAUGAGCAGAUGUCUCCUAUGAAUACACCUCUCGAAUCUACUAUUUCUAAGCCUAAAGUCGAAUCAUUUUCAGAUAUUUUUAAUAUAGAUGAUAGCGAAAGUGAUAGUGAAAGUGAGGAUAGAACCAUGCUCAACAAUCCUGAUGAUCUGAUAUCCAAUAAUUUGAAAAACGAAUCUUCCUUAGAGACUGCUUUACAUGAAAACAACUUAGAACCAUUUUCUUCCAAUAAUCAACUUUUACAAUUGCCUCAAACACCCGCUAAAAUAUUUAUUACGCCAAGUAAUUCCGCUAUGUAUUCACAAACUAGUACAACUAGCGAUUUUGGUGAUGAUGAUGACGACACAGAUAGUAUUUCGCGAACUCCAUUCCAACUUAUAGAACCAAGCUUUUCAAACCCACUCCCCUAUGAGAGCCCACAUUAUCCCUUGCCAUUCAAUACCCCUCCACUUCCACCACCUGCAAGAUCGCAAUCACUAAAAUACCAUGAUUUAAACUGUGACCUGGAUUCGGAACUCCCCAGACCAACGAGCAACCUCUUCUUCAUUAAUGAGGCUGAAGAAGAUGAAUACAAUCAGAAAAAUAAAAUCCAAGAUUAUGACCAUUAUGAUAUUGAUGAAAUUAAUGGUGUUCCCGAAGAUUUCAAUUUUUCAGAUUCUGAAAGAGAUGAUCCUAACCGUGGUACAUUGAAAUCGCCUUUGCGACGUGGUUCCAGAAAUAAAGAUGUAUCUCCAUUUUCAUCUUUGUCCUCGUCCUUCAGAAGUACACAUAGUUUUAAUGGGAAAUUGACAAUCAACCAGGGUGCCAAAGAGCUGGCUCCAAUGAAAAAUAAGAUAGAAUUGACCAACAAGACUGUCACCUUUUUCAAUAACAAUAGCAAUUGGAACACCUACGAUAACAACUCGCUCUCACGUAAGUCUUCAUUGCAAAUGAGGGACAACAAAUAUCAAAUGCAUACCUCUCAUCAAAACCUGGAACUUCCAAAUGUUCUUUCACAACAACCGAAAAAUCAAACCGAACUGGACGAAAAAGAUAAUGAUAACUAUGUAAUCUCACCCACUUUACCGAAAACUGUAACGCCUACCAAUUCAUUCAGCAAACCUACAUCAGAAUUCUUGAACGAUUAUUCAUUAAGUCCCAUCCAGGAGACACCAUCUUCUGUUCAGAGCUCGCCAAGGAAAGCGUAG